CGCCGCGACAGCAUGGAGGGGCAGCUGUACCGCCGGCUGGCGCCCGAGGAGAGCGGGGAGCUGCGCCUGCAGCCCCAGGACUCAGAAAAAGCCAAGACCUUUGUGCAUGCGUUCCUGAAGCGCAGCAUGCCCAAAAUGAAAGAUGAGGCUAUCCAGGACAUGCUGAGCCGGAAAGCUGUCGUUCUGGAGCAUUAUCACAAGAAACAGACCAAGCAGAAGAGGAAGAAGACAAAAGGUUUUACUGCCAAGCAGAGGCGAGAGCUGCGUCUGUUUGAAAUUGAACCUGAGCAGCAGAGAUAUGCCAUCUUCCUCCCACUCCACGAGCUCUGGAAGCAGUACAUCAGAGACCUGUGCCAUGGCCUCAAACCCGAUGCGCAACCCCAUAUGAUUCAGAGCAAGCUGCUCAAAGCUGAUCUCCAUGGAGCCAUUGUUACAGUUACGAAAUCCAAGUGCCCCUCUUACGUUGGGAUAACAGGAAUCAUUCUACAGGAAUUUAAACACAUCUUCAAAAUUAUCACUAAAGAGGACAAGUUAAAAGUUGUUCCCAAACUUAACAACGUGUUCAGCCUGGAGCUGGAUGGGUUCAUUUCCUACAUCUACGGCAGCAAGUUCCUGCUCAGAGCAAGUGAGAGAUCUGCCAAAAAGUUCAAGUUGAAAGGAACUAUUGACCUGUGAUUUCAUGGAAACUCAGGAGCAUUCACAGAAAUGUCUGUGAAACUGUUUUCCUGCAGCUCAAGGAGCAGGGUUUCUGGCAGAUGGAAGAAGCAACAGCCAUGUGAAAUAUUUAUAAAGCAUUUCUUCUUACUGAAGAAUGAGCAGUAUCUGCUGUCUUUAAGCAGUCUCACCAAUUGUUGAAAUUGGUUAUGUCUGGUUUUUUAUUUGUAUAUAAUAUUUUGUUUUCUAUUAAAGUUAUAUGAUCAAUAUCAACUAUCUGACUUCUGUUUGAGUUAAUAAGUGUAAAUGUGUA